AUGGAGUUCCAGUCUCUAAUACCUAGACUUUCGCCAGUAGAAGAAUCAUCACUGGAUUUUCCAAAGGAAUACAAUGAAGAUGUUUCUCCUGAUAAAAUCCAGCCGCAAGAUGGAAGUAGUACCCAAACAGAAGACAGACCGGUCGAUGACGGUCUGGAGAUGGCGGAUUAUAAUAUAACGAUAAAAGCAGGCGAUAAAUUGGCUGCUGUCGGUGAAGAGAAUUCGGCAGCUAAGCUUGAGGAGGAGAGUAUAAUAAUUCAGAUGGAUGGAGAGGAUAAGGUUCAGGAUGGUAACUCUAGAGUAGGUCCUAAUGUAGACCAGACGCAGGAAGGAGUAAACAGUGCAUUAGUCGGACCUCUCCAGGAAGAUUUCACUCGUCAAGAAGACAAAGGAGUACUCAUUGAGAAGAGUGAACCGGAAGAGAAGGGUAAACGGGAUCCAUUCGAACAGCAGGACAAACAAAGCAAAAUAUUUGUUCAUGUGAUGCUCAUCUUUGCUGUGUUUAUAACAACUGUAAUUAUCUGCUGGAUUGUGUUGCCGCAACAAGUUGCCGUGAUUGUAUUUUGCGCAUUCAUCCCAGUCCUGAUCAUUAUGUUCACUUUACUACAUUGCAUUUUUAAACAGAAGGAAACCUGUUCAAAUUCGGCAAGAGCGGAAGAUAAAGAAAGUGACAGCGUCCUGGAUGACGCCGUAAUCUAA